CAUAAAUCAAGGUAUCUGAUAUCGAUACUCCCAGUCCGUGUCUCGCAACUUCUCCCUCUACCCUGAACUCGAGUAAGAGUUUCAACCAGUGAUCCAACUGUGUGGUCAUGAGACUGAAGUAUAUUCUGGUAGCCAACUGUUUGUUAUGGGCUUGGGCGUGCUGCUUAGCUCUGGAUGAUUCCUCUGAUGGGUUGGUGAGGAUUGGUCUGAAGAAGAAGCCAUUGGACCUUGCCAGGCUUCAUGCUGCAAGAAUCACAAGAGGGAAUGGUUUUCAUGCCCAAGGCCUGGGUAAAGUCGACGAUAAUUAUCCGAAAGCGAAUACAGUAUACUUAAAGAACUAUAUGGAUGCUCAAUACUAUGGAGAGAUUGGCAUUGGUUCUCCUCCACAAACCUUCUCGGUUGUCUUCGAUACAGGCAGCUCCAAUCUCUGGGUCCCCUCCUCAAAAUGCUAUUUUUCUAUUGCUUGCUAUUUCCAUGCUAGGUACAGAGCUGUGCUGUCCAGGACAUAUUCCAAGAAUGGAAGACAUUGCAAAAUCAAUUAUGGCUCUGGGUCCAUUUCUGGCUUCUUCAGCCAAGACCAUGUGCAGAUUGGGGAAAUUGUGAUAAAAAAUCAGGUGUUCACUGAGGCCACAAAAGAAGGGCUUUUUGCAUUCUCGCUUGCUCAGUUUGAUGGCAUACUUGGGCUUGGAUUUCAGAACGCAUCUGUUGGAAAAAUUCCACCAAUUUGGUACAAUAUGGUGCAACAAAGCCUUGUGAGCAUGGAAAUCGUCUCCUUUUGGCUCAAUCGAGAUCCAAAGGCAAAGAUAGGAGGUGAAGUUAUUUUUGGUGGCGUUGAUUGGAGGCACUUUAUGGGUGAUCAUACUUUUGUCCCAAUUACCAGGAAGGAUUACUGGCAGAUUGAGGUGGGAGAUAUUUUGAUUGCAGGCUCUUCAACAGGUUUUUGUGAGGGAGGCUGUGCUGCCAUUGUGGAUACAGGAACAUCCAUGAUUGCUGGUCCAACAACUGUUGUGACACAAAUCAACCAUGCCAUUGGAGCAGAAGGAAUUGUGAGCUUCAAUUGUAAAAAUGUUGUCAAUAAGUAUGGGCGAUUGAUAUGGCAGUUCUUGGUCUCAGGGUUCCAACCCGAAAAUGUAUGCUCAGAUAUUGGACUGUGUGCAUAUAAUGGAACUAAGAAUGCAAGUGCUGGUAUGGAAACAGUGAUUGGAAAUGGGGACAAUGCUGCAUGUACUUUCUGUGAGAUGAUUGCUUUCUGGAUCCAAGUACAACUUAAAGAACAUAAAGCCAAGGAAAAAGUGUUUCAAUAUGUGAAUGAGCUGUGUGAGAACCUCCCAAAUCCGGGCGGAAAGGACUUCGUCAACUGCGAUGCACUUGCAACCAUGCCAGUCAUUUCAUUCGCUAUAGGAGAUAAAUACUUUCCCCUCACUGCAGAACAGUAUACUCUUAAAGUUGAAGUAAACUGUACCACUGUCUGCCUUAGUGGGUUUACUGCUUUGGAUGUGCCUCGCCCUGAUGGUCCCCUUUGGGUUCUGGGAGAUGUGUUCUUGGGAGCAUACCACACAAUCUUUGAUUUUGGCAAUCUGCAAGUAGGCUUUGCGAAAUCUAUUCUUUAAUCAUUCAAGUUCUCCGCUUCUUCAAUAUUGUGGUAGUCAGGAUAAUGGUUUGAGUGAGGUGAAAGGCAUAAUGGGUGGGUGUUACUCAAAUGACAAGUAUGUCCAUGUAAAUUCAUAUAUUUGUGAAUCAGUUUGCAUGCUCUCUCCCAUGCAUGGUGGUAGCAGUCUUCAGCUUUGUUGGUUUCAGGUUGUAAGUUCAGGUUACUGUAUUUAAGUUCUUAUAUGUAACAACCCAAAAGAAAAUUAUAGAAAUUUGAUCAUUCUCAAUUUUUCAA